UUGUAUCGUGGAUAAGUGUGUUAAGGUUUAUUUUUUCCUUUGGGGUUGUUUUGGGUUGUCUACUUAAGAAGACUGGCUCGAACCAGUGUUAAGGUUUAAAAAAAACUUUAAUUAAAAUCGUAUUUAAAAAAUACUUAUAUGUACGUUCUGAAGAAGUGAAUAAUUGUGAACUCGUAGCCUGUCAAUAACAAUUUUAACUUUCGAGUCAGGCGAAAAAUACAAAAAUAUUUAAAACAUUAAACGAUUUUCUGUGAUGUAGCUUAUAUUUACCUAUAGGAACCUACUUAACAAAAUGCAAGGAUUCAUAGCUGUACAUACAGGUGCUGGUAACUGUAUAGACGAGACACAAUAUAAGGAAGUUUGUAAGGAUGCUUGUAUUCGAGGUGUUAAUGCUCUUUGCAGCGGCGGGAGUGCCAUGGAUGCAUGCGAACUUGCUAUUAAAAUCCUGGAAAAUUCAAGUGCAACAAACGCUGGUUUAGGGUCUAAUUUAACAUGGGAUCGACAGGUUGAAUGUGAUGCAUGCAUAAUGGACGGAAAAAGUUUACACUUCGGAGCGUGUACCAAUGUAUCUAACGUGAAAAAUCCGAUCAGCUUAGCACGUCAGAUUUGCGAGCGCCAGUCUAAAUUGUUAACUUUUGGCCGUAUACCGCCUAUGAUAUUGGCUGGCGAAGGCGCUUCAUCUUAUGCUAAAGAAAUUGGUUUGCAAAUUGUUCCAAAAGAACAAAUGAUAUCGUCUAAAGCAGCGAAAAGCUACGACCAUUAUAAGCGAAAUAUUAAAAGCUAUGAAGAAAUUAAUCAAACAAAACUUUCUCCCUUGGACACGGUAGGAGCUGUUUGUGUCGAUGCCAAUGGGUCAAUUGUAGCUGGAUGUAGUUCCGGUGGUUUGCUACUGAAAUUGAGUGGUCGGGUUGGUCAAGCAGCAACAUAUGGAGCAGGUUGUUGGGCUGUAAUGGACGAAUCUAGCAGCAUGUCUGCAGCCACGUGCACAACAGGCAAUGGAGAAUAUCUCAUGAAAACGCUUUUCGCUAGAGAACUAGUAGAGGAUUUAAUUUCAUGCGAUUGCCCCAUUACUUCACAACAUGAAACAUAUAAAGGAAAACUUUUUAAUUCACCUUUUUUAUCGAAAAAAACUGAAAUACAUGCCGGUUCCCUAUCUAUUCUUUACAACACUUCCACAGGAGAUGGUGACCUUCUUUGGGCACAUACGACAAAUUCUAUGUGCUUAGGAUUUCAAUCCACAAAAAAUAAAAGACCAAAAUUUGUGUUCUCCAAAUUACCAGCAAAUUUGUCCUAUGGUACAAAAUCUGUAGUAAGUGGGCAUAAUUUUAGACUGUAAUUUUAAACAUAAUAAAAACGCCUGAAGAAUCAA